AUGGACAACGUCGGCAUUCUCGCUAUCAGUACUUUAAUUUUGGUGGUCCUAUACGGGAUGGCAGUCGUACAAGCCAUCCUUUACUUUGGAAGAUUCCGUCGGAAAGACCCCCGGGUGAUCCAGAUCGUGGUCCUAAUAGUCUGCGUUCUAGCAUUCGUUCAACUUAUCUUCAUGUGCACUUCGCUGUAUAGCUUCACAAUAGUCCACUUCCUCGCACCUCCCCACACCGUCCCCAUCCCACAGGCGCUCGUCCUGGCGGUCUUCGUUGGCAGUAUCGCCCAUCCGUUGAUUCAAGCCACGCUGACCUUCCGCAUGUGGAAGCUGGGAUGGACCCAGGGUUGCCCCUGCACUUCUCGCUUCGUCGCCCCAAUAUGUUGGACCAUCUCGGCAUAUAUUCUGGGAUCGACGAUGUUCUUGUCUCUCAGGGCACUAUUCGCCGUUCAAGACAAGGCCUCAUUGAUCGACUACAUUGAAGAUAACGUAUGGGCGAUGUUUUCCGUCUUGCUGGCCACCGCCUGUGUGGACUUGCUCACAUCGAUCAGCCUAUGUUACGCGCUUUAUAGCUCCCGCAGAGAGGUUCUAAGAGGCACUGUGAAACUACUUGAUAAGUUGAUCUUUUGGACAAUUCCAACUGGGAUCGUGACCAGCGUAACGGCGGUGUUGAUCAUUGUCGCGUUCAAAAUCGCGAGAGACUCGUUUCUAUGGUUGUCCCUUCUUAUCAUCUUGACAGAUUUAUACGUCAAUACACUACUCGCACUACUAAACUGUCGUUGGGAGUUGAGGGACUUGGAUGACAACAUGACGAUUACUACCAUCGUACUGCCGACCAGCAGAGCCCCGUCGCUACGCGGUGGAGGUAUUUCGGCCCCACACUUACGACGACAAUUACGAACCGCCGCCUCCAGCGACACUUUAAUGACUACCCUACGUGGAUACCACAACACCGCCAGCAAUAAUACCUAUAGUACCCACAUAUAUUCUUCCGCAGAUCAGGCAACGACCGCGACCGCGACAGUGGAGAGCACCGGGAUCCAUCUCAUCAGCGAUCGGUCUAGUUUCUUGGCAUUGACACCAACUCGAACCCACCUUCGGUCUGCGAGUCUGUCCCAUCAGCAGCCAGAAAGAGAGGCCUUUGAGAUGGUCCCUCUCCGAAGACCACAGUCAGCGCAAGUGUCCCUAGCCGUUUAA